GCGGUUUGGCGCGCAAACCAGUUGGACGUGUCGUCCGCCAUUUUGAAUUUCCUAGUGCCAGUGUUGUGGUCCUCGUUUUUGUGUAGCCUGGAUGUACUAGUGUUGUGAAAAGUUGCUAAACUGUGCCUGGCACCUACCCCUGGUUUGUCGCAGUUAUAGGCGGCGCGUUGAAGAUCGGCGCCGAUAACCCCCGCCACGCUGCCGUCAUGACGCUGCACUGGUGGAUGCACUGGUUUUGGGUGACGACGCUGCUCACCAUACUAUGGAGCUGCCAAAUAACCGCUGCGCCCCAGUCCGAAGAACUCCAGCACCUAACCACCGACGUAGAAAUAGAACCCGGCGACCGGCAGGGCCGGGCCAUGUACUUCACCAAAACAAUGUCCACCGCCAAACCCUUCAACGUUACUGCCAAUCAAACUGACGAGCUUAUACAACCGAUUCAGAAUGUAACUAACGCUACAACUGCAACUACAACACCAGUAGUGCCGCUAAAUGCGACAGAUAACAAAAAUGUGACAGAAACGGUGACAGCGCCAAACGUGACGGUUUCAAACACAACAACAGCGCCAGAGCUCACUAAUUUAACUGACAGUCAGAAUGCAACAUUCGCAUCAAAAAGAAGGAAUCUAACGCGGCCCGAUGUAGUAAAAGCCGAUACUAUAGAACGGACAUCAGAAAGCAGAAUAGUGACUGACAAGCCUUUGUCUUUAGAAACUCAGAAUUUCCUGCAGACUCGCAUCCCGCCGAACGUAGAAUCUUCUCGAAGAGUGAUCGAGCAGGAAGGCGGUAUGGACACGGGUGCCAUAGCUGGGAUAUCGUUUGCUGCUUUAGUGUUGGGCGCGCUGGCUGGUAGCACGGCCUUCGUGCUGUACAGGCGGAGGUACCUGAACAAGCCGCAGACGUUGAAUGAUAAAUGCUCGAAUCCUGACUCUAGCGGGUAUCUUGAUGACAGCACUAUACGGGACAACUCCGAGGAGAUGUACAGCCUCGACAACGAUUCGUUCCUCAACUCGCUGGAGGCCAUGACCAUUCAGAACUACUGGACGGACACCGUCAAACACACCAAGCUGUAACUGUAACAGCGUUGACAUGACUAGCCAUUUGUGAACCUUACUGCGGCGACAUAAGGUCU